CGUGAGUCGACUUUGCAAGCAUUCACCACCUUGUCCUCUCGUCUCUCUUUGCUGGCGGGCAUCAUUCAAGGCACACCAACGGUGCAAUGUCAGCUUCUGCUCCUGCUCCUGCUCCUGCUCCUGCUCCUUCUGUGUCUGGGUCUGGAGCUGCUGCCAGCGCUUCAGCCAACCAAGACAAGAAGCGCAGACGACCACCCCACAGUCACACCCACAAGGGUGACAAGGACAAGGAUGCGAAGGGCAAAGGUGCAAGCGUAGCGGACAAGUCGGAGAUGUUGGAAGCUGGGGACAGGGCAGCAGCUUCAAAGGAAGAGGAGGAGACGACGACGACGAAGGAUGGGAAGCAUCGAAGAGGCGAAAAGACGAGCAAGAGCAAGCAGCACGACUCGCACAACAAGCUCCACCUCCCCAACUCGGCAGCCCAAAAGGCAGAAUCGCAAGCCUUGUCUCCUCAACUCGCAUCCCAAGCGCAAUCAACACUUCAACCCGCAUCUGCUCCAACCAAUCCGAACACGCAGAGCGCUCCCCACACCUCCAAAUCAAAGUCCAAAUCGAAACCAUCGUCCAAAUCAAAGUCCAAAAGGGACAAAGAGAAGGACAAGGACAAAGAUCGCGCAUCUCGCUCCAAAGCUCCUCUACAGAAGCUAAAAGUGAUCGUUAGGAGGCUGCCACCUAAUCUUCCUGAGGAAAUAUUUUGGAAUGUGGUCAGACCUUGGGUGAGGGACUUGGAGGAUGUGCAGGUUAUCAACAGUCAGACGAGCGCAGAAGCGGGGCAGAUGCACACGCCGCUGCAACAGACGAUCGAGUGGAAGCGCUUUGUCGAGGGCAAGAUCAAGGAGAGCCACACCCUGUUCACCUCAGUCGUCAAGGCACCCUGAAUGACGCUCGCACUGUCCAACAUCGACACUCGCGCGCAUACAUUCGCUUCACUUCCCUCGAAGCCCUCGUCGAGUUUCAUCGCAA